UCCUGCUUAAUUCGUAGUCGGCGGUCAUCAUAUUCGUAACGAGUUCAAUUUGCGGUCGGUUUACAUAGUUAUCAGUAAAAAAAAUAGAGUGAAUAACUACCAGUGCUGUUGAGGAAAUCCCUAAGGGGCCAACGCAAUGGCUAAACUAAAGCACAAUUGCGUUUUUAUUGGAAUCCUUUUGUAUGUGUUAUUAAUUGAAGCUGCUAAUGCCGAAAACAUUUGCAAUGCAGGAUGCCCAACAUCUGAUAAUGGACUAUUAAAAUACACUCCUGGAAACUUCUAUGAAUACUCCUUUGACAGUAUUUUAACUGUUGGGUUGAGUAGCGGUGUUCUAAGUGAGUCUGAUGAUACCAGUCUCAAAGUAACCGGAUCCGCCAAAGUUUUUUCGAAAGGAAACUGUGGAUACACGUUACAGCUUAGUGCUGUAAAAGUAUCAAAUACAAAAGAGUCUGUUGAGAAGAAAAUUUUGAACAGCAUCCAGAAACCUGUGCAUUUUACACUAGUAAGCGGAAUUUUGGAUCCACAAAUUUGCUCGGACCCCAGCGACUCAAAUUACUCUCUGAACAUAAAGCGUGCGUUUGUUUCAUUGCUGCAGUCAGGAGAAAAGGCGGAAAAUGAGGUUGAUGUGUUUGGCCAGUGCCCUACGCAUACCUCAACGUCUAAUGUUGGCAAUGCGAACAUUAUUACAAAGGUGCGCAAUUUAAACAGCUGUACACACCGCGAGCAGAUCAACAGUGGGCUGGUGUUCGGAAGGGUAAAUGAAAAGGCCGGUGUCAAGUCAAAUCUGCUUCUGCAGGCAAAUUACAUAAAGGAGUCGAGGAUUGUGAACAGUCUUAUUGAAAAUGUUCAGUUGACAGAAACAUACAAGUUCAUUGGAACUACCAAAGGAAAUUCGGAUGUCAAUGCAAAGGUGGUCACAACAAUUACUCUUAAAAAUCCAACUGGAAGCAAUGCAACGCCGCCGUCAACCGGAUCCACUGUUAAAAGCGUUAUAUUCCAAAACCCAGAAACAUACUCUGCAAAAAAUAUUAACGCGCUAAAAGCAGUAUUAUCUGAUUUAGUGGACUCAACUGGCGAUUAUGUGAAAAAAGAAAGCGCCAAAAAGUUUGUGGAGUUCAUAAGGUUGCUCCGUCAAUCGGAUAGUGAUACUCUAUUGGAACUGGCUGCAUUUCCACACCCAAACAAAGUCUUGGCGCGCAAGGUAUAUUUGGAUGGCCUUUUCCGAACCAGCACCGCUGAGUCAGCUAGAGUUAUUUUGAAACAGCUUGCUAAGUUUAAUGAUAAGGAGAAGUUACUGGCAAUACUAUCCCUAAACUUAGUCAAAAAUGUUGACAAAGAAACUCUUAAUCAAGCGGCUGCUCAGCUGUCACCCAGCGCGCCUAAGGAACUCUACCUAUCUGUUGGUAGCUUGGUUUCUAAAUUUUGUGCAGGAAAGAAUUGUCAGGGACCAGAAUUCGAGGCUAUUUCUAAAAAAUUCUCGGAUGGCCUUAAGCACUGCAAGCCAAACACUAAAAAGGAAGAAGAGCGCAUUGUAUAUAUUUUAAAGGGAAUAGGAAACGCAAAGAGCUUGGGUGGCAAUACGGCUGCUUCCCUCAGUGAGUGUGCCUCUACAGGCCGAGCCAAUCGGAUACGCGUAGCAGCCUUGCAGGCGUUUUCAACUGUGGAAUGCGAUAAGACACUACAAACCAAAUCGCUGGAAUUACUUAAGAACCAUAACGAAGAUUCUGAGUUACGAAUUGAAGCUUAUCUUGCGGCAAUAUCGUGUCCCAAUGCAGAGGUAGCUAACCAAAUUGCAGAAAUAGUUAAUUCGGAGACCGUUAACCAGGUCGGUGGCUUCAUUUCAUCGAAUUUAAAAGCCAUCAGGGAUUCGACAGAUGCCGCACGUGAGAACCAAAGGUACCAUUUGGCCAACAUUCGAGUGACUAAAAAAUUCCCAACGGACUACAGACGCUAUAGUUUCAACAAUGAGGUUUCCUACAAAAUUGAUCAUCUUGGCAUUGGAGCGAGCUCGGAUUACAAAUUAAUAUAUUCGCAACAUGGUUUCUUGCCCAGAUCAUCUCGUCUCAAUGUAACUACUGAAAUUUUUGGCACUAAUUUUAACGUAUUUGAGGCAAGCCUUCGGCAAGAAAAUGUUGAGAAUGUUUUGGAAUACUAUCUGGGGCCUAAAGGUUUGCUAAACAAAGACUUUGACGAAAUUGUAAAGCUUAUUGAAGGUGGAAACAACGGAGCUGCUGGACCUGCUGGUGGUCGAGCAAGACGCUCGGUUAUUGACGAUGCUGCAAAGACUUCAAAGAAAUAUAAAACGUAUGGAAGUAAAAAUGACCACGAUAUUAAUUUGGAUAUAUCAUUAAAACUUUUUGGUUCAGAAUUAGCGUUUUUGAGCCUUGGUGAUAACAUACCGGGCACAUUGGAUGACAUUAUAAAUUACUUCUCAGUUUCGUUUGAAAAUGCCAAACAAAAAUUAUCUUCAUUUGAACAACAAUUUUCCGGUCACUACCUAUUUCUUGAUACAGACCUCGCAUAUCCAACUAGCAUUGGAGUACCUCUAGAGCUCGUAGCUCAGGGCUUUGCAGCUACCAAACUUGAUCUGGCUGUAAAUCUUGACAUCAAUGCAAUUCUGGAACAGAACUGGCAGAAAGCAAAAUAUAGGUUGAAAGUGGUCCCUAGUGUUGAUGUCAUCGUUAACCUUCAAGUAGGAUUCAAUGCCCAAGUGUUGUCCACUGGCCUCCGUGUGGUAUCAACUGCACACUCUGCGACAGGCAACGAUGUAACCGUGUCAGUUAUUAAGGAUGGUGAUGGUUUCAAUGCCGAUAUCGAGCUGCCUCGUGAAAAACUUGAGCUGGUUAAUAUUAAAAUCGAGACAGAACUGUAUGUGGCCGAGCAAGAUAAGCAGAGAGCAGUUGCCCUGAAGGGAAACAAGAAAAAUAAGAAUUCCCCACCCACCGAGAUGUGCUUUAGUCAACUGGAAUUCAUUGGCUUAAAUAUAUGCCUUGAGAGUUCGACGAGCUUAAGUGAACUUCAAACUGGCAAUGAAAGAGAAGUAGCUGUUGCAGACCAAUUUCAUUUCUCUAAACCAUUUAUUUUCGCCAUACACCUUAAGGCCGAACGCAAAUUUACAUUCUCCGGAAUUCAUACAAAUGAGCCUUCCGGCAGCCAGAAGUGGAAGUUAGACUAUUCCACUCCUGGGUCAAAAGUUUCUCAUGAUACAAGUGUUGGUUUCGAACUGGGAUCUAAGCCAAAAUCCUUUGCAAGAUUAUAUUUCGACAAUUCUCAAUACCACUUUGCAGUCGAAGCUGGAAUAAACAAUGACAAUAAAGAAUUAGUUUUAUACGGUCAAUACGAACAAAAUAAAGACAUUAAAAAAAGUAAAAUUGGCCUCAGCAAGAAUGGAAAUGUAUAUCAACCUUUAAUCCAAAUACAGGACAAUAAUGGCAUCUCAAACAGUUUAAAUGGGUAUCGAGCUGAUGGAAAAAUCACGGUUCAAAAAAUCGGUGAUAAACUAGAAAGAUAUAACUUUGAUAACUUCCAAGUUUCUAACGCGAAUAACGACCGCAUAGUUGUCAAUGGGUGGACAGAUGUUGGUCAAAGUUCUUUUAAUUCUGAGCUUCGUAUCGCGUCGGACCAACAAUCGUUUUUGAUAAAGGGAAAUAUUAAAGUUGAAAAUGGUCAGUAUGCCGCAGGUUUCUUUAUAAAUGACGAAAAAACUCCAGAAAAUAUCUAUGGCAGCUCCGUACACUUAACAGUCGCUGACCAGUCGUAUGCUCUUAAGGCAAAUGGCAAAGCUGCUUCUUGGGCAAUUAGCAGUGAUAUUGGAUUUGAUUUCCAAAAGGAUAGUAACUCCAAAUUACGUACAGGAUCAUAUGCGCAAAGUAUAGAGGCUCAGCAUAAAGGCAAGCAAGUGGGAGCAGUAAAGAUUAAGUCUUCUUUUGACAUUGAUAAAUUGGAUUUCGAUGUAGAACUAUUACGAGAACAAAAAGUUGGUUCUCUUAAAGUUAAAUACAACAAAAAUCAGCGACACGUACAAGACUAUUCCCUAGAGGCAACUGCAACUCUUAACAAGCACUCUAUCGAUGUCGUAUCCAAGUGCGAUUUCAACGGCAAUGUUUUUGUAGUCGACAAUGCUGUAACAACCAGUUGGGGAACGUUAUUAUCUGCCAAGGGUGAAUUGGGCCAACGCUUCACGGCGCAAGAUAUCCGGAUUGACCUUCAAGGCCAAAUUCAAAUAAGCGGAAAGGACAAAUCUUCUCAAUGGUUACUGAAGGUCAUUGGCACACCAGAUAAAACCAACAGCGAGCUCAAGAUAAGCCAAGAUACGACAGAGCUUGUCAAAUUUACCAGUGAAUCCCAGCAUCCCCAGGAAAAAAUAUCAGCGGCUAAGAUUAACCUUAUUGUGAAAAAUCUAUUAACUGCUAAGAGCGAGUUUCGGGUAGCAAAGAAUGGAAAGGGAGAUUUAACAGCCACAUUUGAGACCCAGAAGACUGAGCCGAAGCACAAGCUCGAAUUGGAAUCCAAAUUUCACGUCCAGGCUCCUAAGUACGAUUUGGACACGACACUAACGCUUGAUGGAGAGAAAAAAAUACAUUUGAAGUCUGAAAACGUUAUAGAAAAGUUAAAGUUCUCAACCAAAAGUAUUGGCGAGUCGAAGGACAAAAAAUUAGUUUUCGAGGCUAAUGGCAGUGUUAAGGGCGAAUUGCGCACAAAUGGAGAAGUACAAGGUGCAUUUACAUUAACCACUCCUGAUGGGCGAAUUAUCGAUGGCAGUGUCAAUCGUAAGGUUACAACAAACGCCAAAACCGGUCUAACUCAAGGAAAUAUGGAUGCCCAGAUUAGUGACACUCCACCUGGCAGUAACAAAAAGCGAUCAAUUGUACUUAAGGGAAAGCUUGAUCGACUGAAUUCCAAAACCAAAGAAUUUUCAGCCAACAGUAAUUUGUUGUACACGGCAUUGGAUGGAGAAAAGUCUGAGCUGAACCUUCAAAUUAAGCAGCAACCUAAUGGUGAAUCUAAGAAUUUAGAUUUUAACCUCAAAGCUAAUGGAAAUCCACUAAGUCAACCCGUUGAAGUCGCCAUCACAGUGGGCGAGUUUAGUGCGCAGGGUGUUGUACUUAAUAUUAAAACCAAAUACGGAGAGCUUUUUUCAGUUAGCGCAAAUGGAAAUUACAAUAACCAUCAAGGCCAACCGACUUCAUACAAUUUGCAAACUAACAUUGAAAUUCCAAAGUCGGCUCUAAAGUUUGUGGAAGUUAAGAGUCAUGGAAAACUACUAAAACCAUCAAAGGGAAAUGACAAUGGCGCUUACAAUCUUGAGUUUUUCGUGGAAUCCAAAACUGGGCAGGGACAAUUUGCUCGCGUCAACACAGUAUGGAACGGCACACCAAAUGAUGGAAGUUAUGAAUUUGAAAGUCAAGUAAAUAGUAUGGAGUCUCCAUUUAAAUUAAAUGGCAACUAUAAGCGUGAGCAAACUGGAAGCCUGAAAGAAGGUGACCUUCACGGUAAGCAAAAGUAUGUUUUUAACGCUCAGUACGGAAAACAAUACCUGAAGACGGAUGCAUCCCUUUCUUAUGGUGUCGAGAACGUUGAUAUAGUAUACGUAAUGGAUUCCAGCUUCGAAUCAGCUAAGGACAUCAAUAUAAACAUCCGCACUAUUAAGUCUAACGAUGAUUCAACUUACGUGGUGACCGUUCAAGCAAAACAGGCUGAUAAGGCGUACGGCUUGGAUACAAAGCUCUACAACUCCGAAUACAAAAAAGGUGUUGACAUUCGUGUGGAUUUAUUAAAAGAAAAGCCUAUUAUAAUUAGUAGCAUUGCCGAAUUAUUAGGAGAGAGAAAAGGGAAGAUUGCUUUGGAAGUACAAAACUUGGCAGAAUUCGAUAUCAAGUUAAACAGCGAAGCUUCUUACGUUAACAUUGAUGAUUUCUAUGUUGUUGGCAGCUGGAGCUCAAAGAAAUUAAAACUCGAUGGUUAUGAGCUUGAGGCACGAGCACAGGGUAAAAAUAUUAAAAUUCAAUUGAAAAAUGUGAGUGGCGUUAUAUUCUCAGGUACAGCCACAUAUGCGCUUAAAAAAGAACUAAAUAAAGCUAUUAUUGACGGUCAAGGCCAAGUGCAGUAUCAAGGCAAAUCCCAUUCUGGCAAUUUUAAGUUGACACGGCAACAAUUUGAUGCCAAUACGGAUAAGGAAAUUGGUUUUUCAUAUACAUUUAAUGGUAACUUUGGAUCCAAGAAUGGCGUAUCUACAAUUAAAAUAACAAACAAAGAAUUCAACACCAAGUUUUCCAUUUGCGAAGAGAAAAAGCAGUGCACAAACAUACAAGUGCAAUCACUGGUAGGCGUAGAUGAACAAAAACUAGAAGAUGAGGAACGUUCAACCCUUAUUCUUGUCGAUCUACGUGAGCUUGGAUAUCCAUAUGAGUUUCAACUAAAAUCCCAGGGUACUCGCCAAGGAUUUAAAUACCAAUACCAUUUGGAUAGCUUCAUUAUUACCGGCAACAAUUUUAAGUACCAACUCACUGCCAACAUUCAGCCCACGUCGUCUGCUGUUGAAUUAAUACUUCCAAAGCGUCAAAUUUCGUUUGAAACCGCGCAGCGAAUUCCAACGGAUGGCAACAUUUUUGGCCACUAUGAGCAAUCAGUUGCAUUCUUUAUUGAUAAAUUGCAAAGGCCCGAUGAUGUUGUCCGCAUUUCUGCUAUUUUAGAUGUAUCGGGCACCGAGCGUAUCGCACUUAACGCCAAUGGCCAACUCAAAUUAGAACACCCGACUAUUCGUCCAUUGAGUAUUUCUGGACGACUUAAUGGUAAUUUAGAUGAACAAGUGGCAAACACAGAAUUUAUAUUUGACAUUUUCCGAUUGCCGGAACAGAAGGUCAUAGCAAACAGCGAGUUGCGCAAUUUGCGAUCCAAAAAUGGUUUUAACAUUGCAUCUACAACAGCUGUAAAGUCUUCAGGACUUCAGUUCCAAUACCAAGUAAAGAGCAGCGCAAAACUAAAUACUGAAGGCCAAGAAUACAGUCUUAACUUCGAAGUUAAUGACGGUGAAAAUAACUUAAAGGCGCUAUCCUUCAUUAAUAAAGAAAAAUUAGAAAUCUCUUUGACUGAAUCGAAUAAGCAGCUUAUACAAAUAGUGGGAGACUUUAAUAGGCAAAAACAGAAUGCCAAAUUUAGUACCAGAGUCCAAGUUUCUAAUGGGAAUCCCAUAGAAAUUACAAGUGAGAUUCAAACAACUUCAGCUAAAAUUGCACUUAAGCGAAAGGAUUUCUUUGAUGGCAAAGCAGAAAUAAAAUUGGGCAAGGAACUUAAAUUUGAUGUUUCUGGUAACAACAAGGAAUUACUAAAUGGGCGUGUGGCCUUAGAUGCAACCAACUUGCUCCAGACUAACUAUGUGGUAGAUGAAGAAAACGUGAACGCCUUCUUGGCUAACGUUAAAACGGAAUUGGAUAAAGACACUGAAUUAAUUGCUACAAAUAUUAAGGAAAGAUUUGAGAAACUACGAAAUGGCGCAGACAAAAAUAUUAAACUGGCGAAGGAGGCUUCUCCCGAUUUUUCAAAGCUAAAUGGUAAAUUACUCGAAAAUGCAAAGGGACUUCUUCAAGAGCUGAAAGCAGAUCCGUUAAUCGCACCGAUUAUUGAUGGCUUAUACAAUCUUUUUGAGAAAAUCGCUGCCUUAACUGAUGACUUAAGCCAGACAAUAACAAAAACACUCGAAAAGGCCCACAAGUCAUUUGUUGAGAUCUACGAAAAAUUAAAGUCUUUGUGGAAUGACUCCCUUCUUAAAGCAUGGGAAGAUUUUGUUUUAACUGCAACCAAACUAUUUGGUCAGCUUCAGAAGGAGAUAAUAGAGGAAUACACAAAGGCCCUUAAAAUUCUUCUUUCCACGCUGGAGAAGUAUGGACCAGCUCUGAAGAACUAUAGCAAAGCGAUAGCCGAAGCUUUGAAACCAAUCAACGACGCAGUUCAAGAAGUAAUAAAAGUUUUGGUUAAUGCUACUGAAGGAAUAAUCAAGGAAUUUAAUGAGUAUGCUAAAACGCUUCCAUCAUUCGAAAGUCUUCGUACUGAGUUCAAUGACAAAGUUAAGCAACUUAAGCUUCUUGAAAAGGGUGUACAGUUUUUGAACAGUCUGUUUGAGCAGAUUAACAUUUUGCCGCAAACUCAGGAGACCACCGAAUUCCUACAAAAACUGCACGAUUACUUAGACGCAAAACUUAAGCAACAAAAAAUAAAUGAUGAAAAGUCGCUAGAAGAACUUAUUAAGCUUGGAAUAAGAGCAAUUCGCUCCAUUUGGAUCUCGAUUAAAAGCACUGCUCCUGGACCUUCUGCAUAUGCGGUUGAUUUCCAAACAUGGUUUGGCCCUAUUGCACAUUCUUUGGAAUCCUUAUCUGUUUUGCCAACUCUACUUUCAUUCCGUUCCAGUGUCAUAAACUAUAUUUUGAAUGAAAAUUGGGAUGAGGUAUUCACAAAGAAUUUGUUAAGUUCGUGGAUAUUCUUUAAUGACUUCGAACUGCGUGGCCACGUCGUAGACGGGCAGCAUAUUUUCACAUUCGAUGGCCAACAUUUCGCUUAUCCUGGAAACUGCAAGUAUAUCCUGGCUCAGGACAGCGUGGACAACAACUUCACAAUAAUUGGUCAGAUUACAAAUGGAAAGCUUCGCGGUAUCACACUUGCUGAUCGGGAUGGAAACUUUGUCGAGGUGGCAGAUAAUCUUGCGCUAAAGAUAAAUGGAAAUUCUGCCGAAUACCCACAGAACUUGUUAGGAAUUCACGCAUGGCGUAAAUUUUACACCGUUCAUUUGCAUUCGGAAUAUGGAGUGAGUGUUGUGUGCACCACAGAUCUAAAGGUUUGCAAUUUCAACAUAAACGGAUUCUUCACGAGUAAGACGCGGGGUCUUCUUGGCAACGGCAAUGCUGAGCCAUACGAUGACUUCUUGCGCAUUGAUGGUACAAUAGCCCCAGACUCGGCGGCACUCGGCAACGAUUAUGGAGUUGGAAAAUGCGCAGCAGUUGCAUUUAACAGCGACCAAGUCAAUGUCCAGAAACGCGAUGAAAUUUGUAGCGAGUUGUUUGGCGUUGAAUCACCACUUGCUUUCCACUUUAUUUCGGUGGACUCUAGACCUUAUCGCAAGGCGUGUGAUGUUGCUCUAGCAAAGGUGGCUGAAAAGGACAAAGAGGCAACUGCGUGUACGUUCGCCUUGGCUUACGGGUCUGCUGUGAGGCAGCUCAAGAAAUGGGUUCUAUUACCCCCACGAUGCAUAAAGUGCGCUGGUGCUGUUGGCCAGCGCGAUCUUGGAGAUGAGUUCACUGUCAAGUUACCAAAUAACAAGGCAGACGUUGUUUUCGUCGUUGAUAUCAACGUGACUCCCGUCGUUCUCUCCAAUCUAAUAGCGCCUGCAAUCUCCGAUAUACGUGAGUCACUAAGGAGCCGUGGUUUUACAGACGUCCAAGUCGGAGUUGUUGUGUUUGAUGAGUCUAAGCGAUAUCCUGCUCUCCUUACAAGCGAUAAUGGUAAAAUCAACUACAAGGGAAAUCUUGCCGAUAUCAAGCUAAAUGGAAUAGAUAAUUUCUGUGACAAUUGCGUUGAACAAAUUAUAACUGAAAAACGUAUUCUCGACAUUUACAAUGACAUCAAGGAGAUUUUAAAGGGCAUUGCUCCUCAAGCCGAUGAAAAGGCCUUCCAAUUGGCGUUGGAUUAUCCAUUCCGUGCUGGUGCUGCAAAAAGCAUUAUUGGAGUGCGAAGUGAUUCUCUAGAAUAUAAAAAUUGGUGGAAAUUUGUUCGAGCUCAAUUGACUGGAUCCGUUACGAAGUUUGAUGGAGCGCUUCUUCAUCUUAUUGCCCCAGUCAAGGCACUGGCUUUGGAGGGAGUUCCAGUCGAAAAACUAGUUGGCUUCAACUCACGUUUGGUAGCUACAUUAGAUGGAAAAGACAACAAAAGACGAUCCAAGUUGCAAUUCGAUAAUGACAUGGGCAUUGACUUUGUUUUGAACAACGGUGGCUGGGUAUUUGCAACACAAAACUUUGAAAAACUAAAAGCACCGGAUCAGAAGAAAAUGUUAAGUCAGAUUACAUCAUCGCUGGCAGAUACACUUUUUAAGACCGAGAUCGUUAGUGAGUGUCGCUGUCUGCCAGUUCAUGGAUUGUUCGGCCAACAUAAAUGUUCUAUCAAGUCAUCGACUUUUGUUGCGACCAAAAAACCAAAAUCUGCCUGAUACAAGUUUUCUACAAGUUUCUACAAGUUUCUUUUAAAUUAAAUUCUAAUUUGUUACGAAAAUUUGUCCCAUAACAUAGGUCAACUAAAUAUUUUAAUAAAUAUGUGUUGUAUUAAACGCUUGA